GCUACAGCAUAGGAGUCAUACCAAGCAUAGCCUGCGUGUCAGUGCAGUAGACCUACAGCUGGCUGUGAGGACGACUGACGCUACUUUUUCGCUUGUUUUUGUCGUUCUUUGUCUUUGCUAUAGCUUGACACACAUUUAGAGGGGAGAAAGAAAACACAUUGAAACCAGUUAAAACAACAGCGAGGCCACUUUUUUUUUGUUUUGUUUUGCUAACGGGUUUUAAUAGAGACAUAAAGUUUGAGGCUGGGCCUUUUAGCUUUUUGACCGUAGUUUGGAAAGAGAAUUCAGGGAGAAGAGAAGAAGCUGGUCUUUAUUUUUUUAUUUUUUUGUUUUAAUGAAAGCUCGAUAAAUGCAUCUAACGAAGAUGGACCUGUUGAACUACCAGUACCUGGACAAAAUGAACAACAACAUCGGUAUCCUCUGCUAUGAAGGUGAAGCAGCAUUAAGAGGGGACCCCAGAUUCCAGUCCUUGUCCCUAUCCUCGUCUUCUUCCUCGUCAUCCUCUUCUUCCUCCAUAUCCAGCCACAGGACUGGCCCUCCUCCCAUCAGCCCCACCAAGAGGAAGCUGAGUGGGGACCAGGGAGACAGCGACAUGGAUGACAAUGAGCAUGUGGCUAAGAUGAGUCGCCUGUUUGUUGCACAGCUGAAACCAGCAGGAGACUAUCGUAACUCCCAUGUUCCUAAAGACCAUAGGAGGAGUCCCAGUGAGCGCAUGGUGGUGCCAGGUCCUCUGGGAGUCCAGGGCAACCUGUAUGGCCACACCCACCACCACCACCAUCAUCAUCUUCACCUGGCCACCUUAGCAGGCAUGGAUCAGCCUCUGGCACUUACCAAAAACAGCAUGGUGGAGACGGCACGCAGCAGCACAGCAGCUCUGGCCUCGAUGCCGCACACAGUCGGCGCAAUGGAACGGCAGCAGAACCGUCCAUCAGUGAUCACAUGUGCCGCAGCUAACAAUCGCAACUGCAACCUGUCCCAGUGUCCGGUCUCCCACAACGGCUGCUCCAACUUCACCAACAACUACAGAAGAAUCAACACCAAUACAGCCUGCGACCCUGUUAUUGAGGAACAUUUUCGUCGGAGCCUCGGGAAGAACUACAAAGAGCCUGAGCCCACUGCCACCAACUCCGUGUCCAUCACAGGCUCUGUGGACGACCAUUUCGCCAAGGCGCUGGGUGAGACCUGGCUGCAGAUCAAAAACAAGGGGAGUCCCUCGUCGUCUGGCAGCAGCCCGAACUCCCCCGACAGUCACAUGGUCAAUCACAACCACUCCGCCUCUGUAGUCUCUUGAAGAAAGAGAGGACAACCCCCCCCCCCCUCCCAUCCACUCUUCCAAUCAUCUCAGCCCCAAGAUCCGUGCUCCUGUCAUUCUGUCACCAGCAUCCCAGUGGGAAUGCCUGCCUGCUGGUCUGUUAACAACAGCCGAAACCCUGAAGCCUGCUCAUUCACUGUGGAUAACUUAAGCAAUAAAGACAUGCUCUCCUCCCCUCCAUUAUCUGCCAGAAAAACAAAAAGACUUGAUGUGGAACUCGACCGUAGCAUCAAAUCGCUCCUUUCCAGUCUCACCAUCCCUGCAUCGAUGGCUUGGAGCUGAGCAUGCGUCUGUAGUUUUAUGUAUAUAAAAAGAGAAGAAAGACUGUUUUAUUCACUUUCUUUUUUUUUUCAUCUGUUAACAGUAGUUCUGUGUACUGAUUUUUGUGUUAUGACAUGCCUGGUCUUUGAACGAAAAAUGAGAAACACCUUAGAAAUCAAUCAUAAUCCACCAUGCCGUGCUACCAAAGAAACCUCAACUGAUGUUUUUUUUCAGCGCCAACCUUUAAAAGCACACAUGCAACCCCCCCCCCACCCCAUCUCCUCCUCCUGUCUGCUGUAUCAGAGUUCUGGUAGCUUUGCCGUUUUAUGUGACCUUAGCUAAGAUCAACUCGGUCUGAUUUGCACUACUUUAAAAGGUGACAUGUCAGGUUUGUAACUUGACUCUGUGGCUUAAAAAAGUGUAUUUUGAUGCAAUCAUGUCUUAUCUCACGUGUUGGAAACCUGCAUUGAUUUCUAAAGACCUCCUGUUUAAAGUCUACUAAUAGAUUUGUUGACUUUGACGCGUGUGCAAUGUCUUGCAUAUGUUGUCACUUGUACAGAUGUUAAGCACUCCAUUGAAAUUGGGCAGCAGGAACGUUUGGUCACCUGCUAGAAACUAGUUUAACCAUGAGAUCAUGGUGCUUCAUUUGGACAGAAGUUAAUUAUGGAAGGUGGGUGUUGCUGUUUUGAAGCUCAGCUUCUGAUCUGUGAUCAGUCUCCAGCAACACCUACCUGCAGAAUGUCAGUCUGCACUGAAAACCCUCUGUUGACAGAAGAGUGGUUUAAAUGGACCCAGUGUUGGAGGAGUCCAGAAAUGUGUCCACAUCAAGGUGUCAUGGAUACUGAGAGGGAGAAAAAAAGAAUUUGGUAAAUUUAUCUGUUUUGUAACUUUCUGAUGUGGUCAAAGAUUACGUGAAUAAUGUGAGAGCAUUGUCCAAAACACUGAUCUAGCUCCUGUAGAGUAAACCAACCCUUUAAAUGCGAUUGCUAUCAAACGAACAAAGCAGGAAUUUGUUUCCUCCCCAUUGUCCUAACUGUUAGAAUCACUACCUGAAGGAGGAGUUUAAGGCCGGGCUCCACUGAACCUGCGUCUUUGAUGUGUUUCAAAGGCGUUAACUGUUGACGCUGAUGAGGGGAUAGAUGACGCUGAACGUCACUUUGUGGUUUUCGAAAAGAAACGGGAGGGGGGGGGGGGUAUCAUGAUCUCUUCAAACACACCUUUUGUUUCUGUGACUCUUUGAACAUCGGUGUUAGAAUUAUAUUUGACUAACACCCUGCUAUCUACGUCUCCCCCUCUUACAGACUGUGGUUUAUUAGAUUUCUAAUCAAUGCUUUUACAGGUGCAUGUAAUGUUUUUUUUUUUUAUAGCUGGUAUCUAUUAGGGUUUUUAGCAUUUCAAGCUCAACUAUUAACCUUUUUUAUUUUUCAUUCAAAUGUUACUACUUUUGUUGUCAAAAACAGACUACCGAUACUAUACACUCACUGCUGGGUCAGUUGUACUCAAUAUUGUUGUUUUUAUUAUACCUUUGUUUUUUUCUGUUUGUUUUUUUUCAUUAAUAUUAGUGUGGUAACAAACAUCUAUAGUGGGACAGCCUCCGGACAGGCUCUGCUAAGUGACACAAGCUUUUCUUUCUUAAAACCUUCUCAGCCUACUGUACAUCUAAGGUCAUCAUGUUGGGUUUGGUUCUGCUGCUCUUUAUGGUUUCCAUAAGAUGUUGAUCCAUUGCUCGUACAGGACUUUACAGACUUCACAGAGCUGACACACAAGUUGUAAAGACACAAGUUGAUAGUCAUAGGGGCUUGGAUGCUUUUGGUGGUGCAGUGUCUUAAAAAUACAUUACAUCUUAUUGACACUAAAG